CACGGAACUGAGGCGGCAUCGCAGUCGUCGCAGUGGACGGUGUGCGGUAACGGCCAUCGUUUCGAAGUACUUUUCGGUUGCUGCGUUGUUAAAAAGUGAGAGUGUUUUUUUUCUUGUUGUUGUUGGUGUUGUUGGUUUGAUUGUUGGUUGUUGCGUCGGCAAUGGGCGUUUCCGGGUAGUGCGCCGUCAUCGACCGAAGAGGCCCUUUGUCCGAUGUGGUGAGUGGGGUCGGACACUCCGACCGAUUUUCAUCCUGUUGCUCCGGACGUUCUUGUCCCGCAGAUGACGCCUCUUAGACUCAAGAGGCCCAUUUAAAACCGAAAGACCAAAAACAUUAAAGGAAAAAAUGGCUAGAAGGGUAGCUAAGAACCACUACGUGGCAUCGCCAAGACACAACGAUUCACCGACACCGGUCCACGUGACAAGGAGUGCUGCCUAUUCCGACGGCGAGGACAGCCAAAGGACGCUGUCUGAAUAUACAUCAGUGCCAUACACAGUAGUGAACGAACGCAAUGGCCGCACCAGAUACCACAAUCCACCUAGGGCAGCUUCAGUCCUUAGCCGAGGAAGCGGCUAUGACAACGGAUCUGACAUCUAUGUCACCAGCGGCGCCUACAAAGCCCCUUCAGAAAUCAGUCGGGGCUCCCGCGCCCCUGCGCCCAGCCACUACUCGUACCGCAGCGGACGCAGCGGCCGAAGCGUGGGGGCGGCACCCUCCGUGGCCAGCACGACGAAAACCCGGACGUCACGCAAAGCCGGUGUGACGGUCGAAACGAUGGCCGCCCCCAAUCCCUUCUGUCCCAACAUCCGGGGCAUGUGCUGUCUGAUGUUGCUCCUCAAUCUGGCCAUCGUGCUCGUCACCCUCGGUUUCGUUAUCGUCAUACAGUUCUUCGAACCGUUAUACGUGUGGAUACUGGGCAUAAUUUUCCUGAUCUUCGGUUUCCUGACGUUGAUCGGCAGCAUAAUUUACUGCGUGAUCAUCUGCAAGGACGUCAAGUCGCCGGCUGAAGUGCAGCCGGAGGACCUGUACUGGACCCACCACUGGCAGAAGCACAUCGGCACGCCGGAGAUCCAUUACAAGGCUGAGGAAAAAUAUCCGGACGAUCGUUACAGCGAUAGGUACAGCGUUAGUAAACUGUCUGCCAAGUACGACGACCGGAAUGGUAGAUACUAAUUGGGCCGUUUACUAUCCUACUUUCAUGUGACAUUUGAUGGGUUUAAUUGAAACAUGAUUUUCUGGGUUGUACGGUUUCUCAGUGAAGGAACUAUUUUACAGACGAGUGGAAUAAUAUGUUGUGAUAACGUUAUACGUACUAAAAUUAUACAUAAUGUAUAUUUAUAUGAAUGAAAAGUUUUAAAUUUUUUACGAUGUACAUACAGUUUAUUCUUGUAGGCUUUCGACAAUGUAAUAGACUGAAAUAAUAUACAAAUAUAUUUAAAUAUAUUAUUAAUACUAAUAACAAUUAUCAUGUAUACGUGUUAAAAAAUUGUUAAUUUAACAUUUUAAAUAAAAAUAAACAAAUAUUUUGA